ACGGAAAGCAAAGACACCGGGGAUAAAACACUGUCCUUCCCCGCCACAGUUCACGGAAUUUACCUGUUUUCUCGAGGAUAUAUUCACAUGCCAACAUCGGAUAUAUAUGAACAUCUGCACCGUUUAUAUACAAGUAGCUUGACGGGAAAAGGAAAGCAAGAAUGGAUCAAAAUCUAUUUGGCGGGGCUCCACGCUUCCUAACUCGACCUAAGGCCUUCUCACUGUGCGUGGGACGAGAUGCCUCCCUCAGCUGCACUAUUGUGGGAAACCCUGUUCCUGUAGUCACCUGGGAGAAAGAAAAGAUGCUUCUUUCUGCAGGUGGACGCUUCAAAAAAGUAGAAGAUGGGGAUGUUUAUCGACUUACCAUCUAUGAUCUAACUCUAGAAGACAGCGGGCAGUACAUGUGUCGUGCCAAGAACAAUGUUGGAGAGGCAUAUGCAGCUGUAACCCUGAAGGUGGGACUGCCGGAAACUGUGACUGAUCGGGCCCCAGUGUUUACAGUAAAGCCUGUCUCCACCCGUGUGGGUCUAGGGGGUGAUGUUACCUUCUAUUGUCAGGUGGCAGCCCAUCCAGCACCCAACUUUGACUGGGAAAAGGAUGGUCGCUACCUGGGUGAGACCAACCGCAUCAAGAUAAUCUCAGAAAAUGACUCCAGCUCCUUGAGGAUCCAGAGUGUUAGGAGCUUGGACAGUGGUACCUACACCUGCCGUGCACAGAACUCUAUUGGCCGUGCUCAGACCGCUGCUGCUCUGGUGGUCGACCUUCAAGAUACUCGUCUCCUGAAUGCAGACAAGAGCACAUCCCUCCUCUCACACAUGCAGAAGCGGAAAGAAGAUAUGCGGAAGGACAUCUCCUUAUACCGCACCGUGGAAAGUUCCUCAACCACGCAUACAGCCUCAUCUUCCAUGGUCACAGAGGAACUUGGAAGCUUGGGACUCGCCCAUGAUCAGAAGCAGAGGGUUUCGGCCUUAACCAGCAUGUUGCCCAAAGGUGUGUUCACCCGCACCUGUAUGGUGACCGAGGGUAAACAUGCAAAGCUUAGCUGUUUCGUCACAGGCCAUCCCAAACCUCAGAUCAUUUGGAGGAAGGAUGGGGCGAACAUCAGUGAGGGCCGCAGACAUGUGAUGUAUGAGGACCAGGCUGAGAAUUUCAUCCUCAAGGUGCUCUACUGCAAACAAAGUGAUAAUGGCCUGUACACCUGCAAUGCAUCCAACUUGGCUGGACAAACCUAUAGCGCUGUGCUAGUGAUUGUCAAAGAGCCAAAGAUUCCAUUCAAAAAGAAGCUGCAGGAUGUUGAGGUGAAGGAAAAGGAAACAGCAACUUUGCUGUGUGAGGUGCCAAUGCCGAACACAAAGGCCAGCUGGUUUAUGGAGGAGACCCAUCUGGAGGAAAGUACCAAGUACCGCAUGGAUGUGGAGGGCACUCUGCGCCGCCUCACUAUUCACCAUGUCACCACCAAUGAUGAUGCUGUCUACAUCUGUGAGAUGAAGGAAGGCAGCCGCACUGUGGCCGAACUUACAGUGCUGGGCAACAUCACUAAAAAGCUGCCGAGGAAGACAGUGGUGCCAGUUAGCGAUACAGUCAUCUUCUGUGUGGAACUGGAGAAACCAGUAGAUGAUGCAUACUGGACCAGGAAUGGGGAGAGGCUGAAAGAGGACUCCCGAAUUAUUAUUGCCCGUAUUAACAGACAGUACACAUUGACCAUUCGGGAAUGUACUGCGGAAGACUCGGGUGAAGUGGCCUUCAUCGCCCAUGACUGCAAGACAUCCACCCGCUUCUCCGUCACAGCACCAAGGAAACAUCCCCCAGAUGCCCCAGUUGAACCAGUGGUGCGGAACAAAACAGAUUCAUCGAUCACACUGUGCUGGUCUCCACCAGACAGUGAACGGCCUGUACCCAUUACCGGCUAUAUUGUGGAGCGCAGGAAGGUGGGAGCCCAAACCUGGAUUAAAGUCACUAGUACAACUGUGUUUAGCACUGAAUACACCAUCAGUGAAAUUCCAGAAGAGGCAAGCUAUCAGUUCCGCAUCUCAGCAGUCAAUGAUUUUGGUCAGAGUGCCUAUUUGGAGGUUCCUGGAACGUUUUACCUUGAGCCCACAGCGUCAGUGAAGGCAGGCCUGGUGAACUGCAGAGCACAUGCAGGUGAAGAAGCAACUUUCACUGUGGAGCUCUCAGCCGUAUGUUCCGGCUCCUGGACAAUAAACGACAGAUUGAUCCGCAGUGGAUCUGAGUAUCUGAUCACACGCUCAAAGACCACACACACGCUGGUCAUCAGGGAGGUGUCCAUGGAACUGAAUGGAGCACAGGUCAAGUUUGUGGGUGGUGGAUCUCAGAGUGUUGCCACGCUUAGUGUGAAAGCCGCACCUGCACAUUUCACCAAUAAAUCUUCUCAGGCGGAGGUGUUUACUUUCAGCAUGCACUCCUCUGCUCAGAUGUACACAGAGGUGUCUGACUCAAGUGUCCAGGUUUUUUGGAUGAAGAAUGGGAAGGAGCUGAGAAUGGGUAAAAAAUAUGAAGCCACAAGUGUGGAGCGCAAACGCAUACUGACAGUCCACAAUGUUGACCGUGAAGACGUGGGCAUCUAUGAAUGCAUGUGUGAUGGCGAUAAAAUGUCUGUCCAACUUGCCCUAAAAGAAGAGCCGGCUAAGUUUCUUAACAAGCCAAGGGCUCAGCCCCAGGAGAAUGCUGCUCUGGUGGGUGACGUGGUGUUGAGCUGUGAUGUUGCUUCUCCUGGAACUGCUGUUGUGUGGAAGAAAGAACAGAUAGAAAUAACGGAGGACAAGAGGACAACUUUUAUAUCUCAGGGGACACAAAGGAAGCUGGUCAUUAGGGGUGCCAAGCAGAGCGAUGAAGGACACUACUCGUGUGAGACGGCAGAGGACAAAAUGACAUUCCUGGUCAAGAUAAAAGAAACUCGUGCUGCUUUCACCAACAAAGACUCUUAUCAGAAGGAAGUGAAGGUUUCAUCCUCCCAAAAAGCCACACUGAGCUGUGAAGUUUCUGAUGCCAAGACUGAGGUGAAAUGGUUCAAGGAUGGCAAGCAGUUGAUUUCCAGUAAGACUGUCCAGAUGGAGUCAAAGGGCAAGAGUCGUCAGCUGCUGCUGGAGAAUGUGGAAAAGAAGGAUGCUGGAGAGUACACCUGUGAAGUUGGAGAUGAAAAGCUGGCCUUUAAGAUUCGGGUGGAAGACAUUCAAGCUGCCUUCUCCAACAAGGACUCUUAUCAGAAGGAAGUGAAGGUUUCAUCCUCCCAAAAAGCCACACUAAGCUGUGAAGUUUCUGAUGCCAAAACUGAGGUGAAAUGGUUCAAGGAUGGCAAGCAGUUGAUUUCCAGUAAGACUGUCCAGAUGGAGUCAAAGGGCAAGAGUCGUCAGCUGCUGCUGGAGAAUGUGCAGAAGAAGGAUGCUGGAGAAUAUACCUGUGCAGUUGGAGAUGAAAAGCUGGUCUUUAAGAUUUGGGUGGAAGACAUUCAAGCCGCCUUCUCCAACAAGGACUCUUAUCAGAAGGAAGUGAAGGUUUCAUCCUCCCAAAAAGCCACACUGAGCUGUGAAGUUUCUGAUGCCAAAACUGAGGUGAAAUGGUUCAAGGAUGGCAAGCAGUUGAUUUCCAGUAAGACUGUCCAGAUGGAGUCAAAGGGCAAGAGUCGUCAGCUGCUGCUGGAGAAUGUGCAGAAUAAGGAUGCUGGAGAAUAUACCUGUGCAGUUGGAGAUGAAAAGCUGGUCUUUAAGAUUUGGGUGGAAGACAUUCAAGCUGCCUUCUCCAACAAGGACUCUUAUCAGAAGGAAGUGAAGGUUUCAUCCUCCCAAAAAGCCACACUGAGCUGUGAAGUUUCUGAUGCCAAAACUGAGGUGAAAUGGUUCAAGGAUGGCAAGCAGUUGAUUUCCAGUAAGACUGUCCAGAUGGAGUCAAAGGGCAAGAGUCGUCAGCUGCUGCUGGAGAAUGUGCAGAAGAAGGAUGCUGGAGAAUAUACCUGUGCAGUUGGAGAUGAAAAGCUGGUCUUUAAGAUUUGGGUGGAAGACAUUCAAGCCGCCUUCUCCAACAAGGACUCUUAUCAGAAGGAAGUGAAGGUCUCAGCGUCCCAAAAAGUAACACUGAGCUGUGAAGUUUCUGACAUCAAGACUGAGGUGAAAUGGUUCAAGGAUAGCAAGCAGUUGAGCUCCAGUAAGACGGUCCACAUGGAGUCAAAGGGCAAGAGUCGUCAGCUAGUGCUGGAGAAUGUGGAAAAGAAAGAUGCUGGAGAAUAUACCAGUGAAGUUGGAAAUGAGAAACUUGCUUUUGAAAUUCAAGUGACAGACAUUCAAGCUGCCUUUUCCAACAAGGACUCCUAUCAGAAGGAAGUUAAAGUAGGAGCUUCCCAGAAGACCACACUGAGCUGCGAAGUUACUGACUAUAAGACCGAGGUGAAAUGGUUCAAGGAUGGCAAGCAGUUGAGCUCCAGUAAGACGGUCCACAUGGAGUCAAAGGGCAAGAGCCGUCAGCUAGUGCUGGAGAAUGUGGAGAAGAAUGAUGCUGGAGAAUAUACCUGUGAAGUUGGGAAUGAGAAACUUGCCUUUAAAAUUCAGGUGACAGAUAUUCAAGCUGCCUUCACCAACAAAGACUCCUACCAGAAGGAAGUGAAAGUAGCUGCUUCCCAAAAAGCCACACUGAGCUGUGAGGUUUCUGACCCAAGGACUGAGGUGAAAUGGUUUAAAGAUUGCAAGCAGUUGAGCUCCAGUAAGACCAUCCACAUGGAAUCAAAGGGCAAGAGCCGUCAGCUGCUGCUGGAUAAUGUGGAGACAAAGGAUGCUGGAGAAUAUACCUGUGAAGUUGGGAAUGAAAAGCUGCCAUUUAAGAUUCAGGUGGCAGAGCUUAAAGCUGCAUUUACCAACAAGGACUCUUAUCAGAAGGAAGUGAAGGUUUCAUCCUCCCAGAAAGCCACACUGAGCUGUGAAGUUUCUGACAUCAAGACUGAGGUGAAAUGGUUCAAGGAUGGCAAGCAGUUGAGCUCCAGUAAGACAGUCCACAUGGAGUCAAAGGGCAAGAGUCGUCAGCUGCUGCUGGAGAAUGUGGAAAAGAAAGAUGCUGGAGAAUAUACCUGUGAAGUUGGAAAUGAGAAAUUUCUCUUCAAGAUUCAGGUGAAAGAUGUUUCUACCAAAUUCCAGAAGAAAUCUGUGACCAAAGAAAUUGUGAUGGUUGAGUCAACAGAAAAGGUUGUUUUAAAAACCGAGGUAAUGUUGGAGAAUUGUAGUGUUCAGUGGUUCAGAGAUGGAAUAGAACUGAAAGACGGAUCAAAGUAUGAGAUGAAACAGGAAGGUCGCUCACGUGUCCUCAUCAUUAAGUCAUCUGAAUCUAAAGACAGCGCCACCUACACUUGUCAGACGGCUGAUGACAAAGUGGAGUUCAACGUUCAAGUCAAAGAUGCACCGUUAAAGUUUGUGGUGCCAUUGCAGCCAGUGUCUGCAGUACUAGAAAGCACCAUGACACUUUCCUGCACUCUCAACAAAGCCACUGUUAGUGUCCUCUGGAAGCAUAACGGCAAAGAAAUCAAACCAGGUGGAAGAUUCAGCAUCCGCACUGAUGGCACCAACUGCAUCUUGACUGUCUCCGCUGUGGCUCAGGAGGAUGAAGGGGAGUACAGCUGUGAAUGUAAAGAUGACAAGACCACCACCAAAGUCACUACUAAAGCCCCACGUCUGGUGAGGUUCACUACCAGGCUGAACAAUGUUGUUGCAAAUGAAGGCAAAGAUGCUAUCUUUAAAUGCUCCAUCACACCAACUGAUGUGAGUGUCAGAUGGCUGCGUAAUGACAUUCCUAUUAUAACUAGUCCCAAAUUUAAGAUUGCUCAUGGAGGAAGCAGUCAUUCUCUCAUCAUCACAGCUGUCACUCAGGAGGAUGCAGGAGAGAUCAGUAUCGAUGCCGAGGGGAAAGUCUGCAAAGCCACACUCCAAGUACAACAGCUUCCUGUCACCUUUAAGAAGAAGCUUUCAGAUGAGACUGUGACUGAGCAGGACACAGUUCGUUUAGAAGUGGAGCUGAGUAAACCCUCAACAGAUGUGAAGUGGAUGAAGAAUGGUGUGGUACUACAGCAAGGAGAAAAUAUGGAGAUCCAUGUGGAUGGUCCCAAGCAGGCUUUGGUCCUCAAGAGUGUGGCGUAUGCUGACAGAGGACAUUACUCAUGUGAAACCCUAGAUGACAAGACCCAGGGCAAACUGACAGUAGAGAUUAAGAAGAUUCAAAUCGUAAAAGGCAUAAAAGAGAUCAAAGUGCAAGAGAAAGAGACCAUCACUAUGGAGGUGGAACUAAGCAAGGCUGAUGUAGAAGGUUCCUGGAGCAAAGGUGGAAAGAAACUAAAGGCAGGACCCAAUAUCAUCAUUACUGUACUGGGCAACAAGCACUGCUUGACUAUGUCCCAGCUGAAGAUAAGUGAUGGUGGAACUAUAACUUUCCAGGCUGAAGAUGUCCAUACUUCUGGCAAACUAAUUGUUACAGAGCCUGCUGCAAAGAUCCUCAAACCUCUACGGGAUAUCAGUGCUCCUGAAAAGGAGAAAAUCAUUUUUGAAUGCGAGGUGUCAAGAGCAAAUGCUGAUGUCAAGUGGUUUAAGAAUGAUGAGGAACUGAAGCCAGGAAAGAAAUUUGGCAUCCAUUCCCAGGCCAAUAAGCGCACCCUCAUCAUCCAUAAGUGUGCAUAUGAAGACCAGGGCCAGUAUAUAUGUAGAACAACAGAUGACAAUACUUCAGCCAAGCUCACUGUUCACGCAAGAGAUAUUAAAAUAGUGAAGCCGCUGCAGGACGUGGAGGUGACAGAGAAGGAGAGUGCAACGUUUGUCUGUGAGGUCUCCCACGAUGAGGUUGAGUCUCAGUGGCACAAAGGAGAUGCCAAACUCAAAGCCGGAGACAACAUAAAGAUAAGGCAGGAGGGAAGAACAUAUAUUCUGCUCUUCAAAUCUGUAAAGACUGAGGAUGCAGGUGAAAUCAAGUUCACAGCUGAGAAGUCCUCUUCAGCUGCUAAACUGAAGGUUAAAGAGCAGGCUAUCAGCAUAGUACGGGAACUGAGUUUUUUGGAGGUGACCGAGCCAUUUGCUGCCCACUUUGAGGUUGAAGUCAGCGUGGAGACAGUCAAGCCAGUGAAGUGGAUGCUAAAUGGGGAACAGCUGAAGGAGAGUACCGACAUCGAGAUGGAGAAAGAAGGAACCAUGCACCGCCUCACUUUUAAAAAGACCAAGACCUCCAUGUCAGGACUGGUACAGUUCACCGCCGGAAAGAGUAAAUCAACAGCCGAGCUCAAAGUGAAAGAGCGUCCCAUUGAAGUCCUGGAGCCUCUCAAAGAUGUUUCAGCCAAGGAAAAGACUUCCACCACACUAUGCUGCAAGUUCUCUGCCCCACCAAAAGAAGUACGGUGGUUUAAGGGUCAAACUGCUUUGAAGGUUUCUAGCAAAUACAACAUGAAGCAAAAGGACGCUAAUGUGCAGCUGAUCAUACAAAGUUUGAGUGCAGAGGACUCUGGAGAGUAUAGCUGUCAGGUCGGGGUCUGUGAGAGCAAAGCCGUUCUCAAAGUAGAAGUGCGUAAAAUCCAGAUCACCAAACAUCUGACAGAUGUGGAGGUGGAUGAAGAUGGUGAUGCUGUGUUCACCUGUGAGGUUAACUAUGCUGAUGAAGAGGUCCAGUGGAUCCUCAAUGACACGCCACUCUUCAGCAAUGAGGUCAAUGCCAUCACCCAUGUGGAUAAGACCCAUACGCUCACCCUCAAGAACCUAGCACCUCAGGAUGGUGGAAAGGUGUCAUUUAGCAUCAGGGAUGUGAAAGAAACAGUCUGCCUAAAGGUCAAAGAGAAAAAAGCCAUCUUCCUGAAGUUGCUGGAUGAUGUAGUUGCAGAGGAGAAGGGUACAGUUACCCUUAAGUGUGAAGUCUCAAAGCCCAGAGUGGCCCCUGUGUGGCGCAAAGAUGGUACAGUCCUGUCGGCAGGCAAAAAGUACGAGCUCCUCCAUGAUGGUAAGACCUUGGGACUUACUAUCCAUGAUGUCAUGAAAACUGACGCCGGGGAGUACAGCUGUGAUCUUGGCACAGACCUCUCCAAGUCCAAGGUCACUGUUAGAGAUAUCCACAUUGGGAUCACCAAGCGUUUUAAGUCAGUAGAGGCCAAAGCAGGUGAAAACUGCACAUUUGAGUGUAUCUUGUCCCGAGAGAGCUCAGAGAAGUGCACCUGGAGCCUAAAAGGUCAACCUGUCACUGAUGGAGGCCGUUUCCAAAUAAGCAGCAAAGGGCGCAAGUAUACCUUAACAAUCAAAGCUGUCUCAGUUUCUGAUUCUGGUGAGGUAGUCUUCACACUCAAGGAUUUGAGCUCAAAGGCAACACUUACUGUUGAGGGUGAAGCUCCUACCAUAUCUAAAGAGCUUCAGGGUGUCAGUGCCACAAUUGGUGAAGAUGCCACAUUCUCCUGUGAGCUUUCUCAAUCUGGACUGGAAGUGAAGUGGUCAAAGGAUGGGAAGUCUAUCAGAAAAAGCCAGAAAUAUGAAAUCAGUCAGGAGCAGACGCUUGUAAAGCUGACAAUCCGCAACGUCACUGAAAAAGACUCUGGAGAAUAUAGCUGUGAGGUCACCGGUGGUCCAACCUCCAAGGCUAAACUGGAGAUCAAAGAACUGGCCAACAAAUUCAUUUGUGAACUAAAGGAUGCCACUACAGAAGAGACGAGUGCUGUCUCCUUUGAAUGUGAGACAGCCCAACCUGCCUCUAAAGUCACCUGGCUGAAAGGAACAAAGGAGAUCAGGGCUGGAGGAAGGUAUGAGCUUACGCAAAAAGGAACUGUCCUCAUCCUCAAAGUGAAGGAUCUGGAGAAGAGUGACAGUGAUGUAUACACCUGUGACAUUGGCUCUGCGAAGAGUACAGCCAACUUGACAGUAAAAGUGGUACCAGCUAGGUUUAAGGGGCAGAUGAAGAACCAACAGGUUACUGAAGGUGGGAAAGUCUUACUUUCCUGUGAGCUCUCAAAACCUGGUUGCCAAGUGCUAUGGAGAAAGGGAACCGAAAAUCUGAAACAUGGGGAAAGAUAUCAGAUAUCGCUGAGGGACACCAUAUGUGAGCUACAGAUUUCAGACUUAGUGCCUGAGGACAGUGGAGAAUAUUCCUGUGAUUGUGGAAACGAAAAAACAACAGCAAAUGUUGUUGUCAGUGCAUUACCGGUGGUCUUCAGACAUGAGCUACAAAGCCAAGAGUGUGACGAAGGAGCCAGUGUUACUCUUCACUGUGAACUCUCAAAGCCUAAAGUUCCUGUUGUUUGGAAGAAAGGAACGCAGGUUCUCAAUUCUGGCGAAAAGUACCUCAUCAAACAAGAUGGGGCUAGUGUUGAGUUGAAAAUUGCUGACUUCAGAAAUGAAGAUUCUGGACAAUAUACAUGUUUGUGUGGGGACAAAAAGACUACAACAAACAUUAAGAUCAGGGCAUUGAUCUUCAAACGAGAACUACAAAACCAGGAGUGUCAAGAGGCAGACAGUGUUACUCUUCAGUGUGAGCUCUCCAAACCAGGAGUUCCUGUAGUUUGGAGGAAAGGAACACAAGUGAUCCAUUCUGGAGACAAAUACCAAAUCAAGCAAGUUGGUUCUGUUUUUGAGCUGAAGAUCACUGAUGUCAAACCUGAAGAUGCUGGAGUCUAUAGUUGUGAUUGUGGGUUUAACAAGACCUCAUCUACCAUUACAGUCAAUGCACUACCAGUGGUCUUCAUACAUGAGCUGCAAAACCUGGAAUGUGUUGAAGGAGGUAGUGCUACUCUGUCCUGUGAGCUUUCCAAACCUGGUGUCCCUGUGCAGUGGAAAAAAGGAAGCCAUGUUAUCCAAUCUGAAGGAAAGUACAUCAUCAGGCAGAUUGCCUCAAAGGUGGAGCUGAAGAUCACAGAUCUCAAACCUGAAGAUGAAGGAGACUACACAUGUGUAUGUGGAGACAAGGCAACCACUGCCAAUAUGAAGAUAAAGGCUCACCCAGUUCAGUUUACGGAAGUACUGCCAAACCAAGCAUGUGAUGAAGGUGGCAGUGUUACUCUGCGAUGUGAACUCUCAAAGCCUGGCGUUCCUGUGGUUUGGAGGAAAGGAACACAGGUGAUCCAUUCUGGAGGAAAGUGCCUCAUCAAACAAGUUGGGGCUAUGGCUGAGUUGAAGAUCAUUGAUGUUAAACCUGAAGAUGCUGGGGACUAUGUUUGUGAUUGCGGAGACAGCAUGACAACUGCCAAUGUAAAAGUUAACGCUCUUCCAGCCACCUUCACACAAGAGCUGAAAAACCAGACAGCUAUUGAAGGAGAAAGUAUCAUCUUCCAUUGUGAGCUCUCCAAACCUGGAGUUCCUGUAGUUUGGAGGAAAGGGACACAAGUGAUUAAUUCUGGAGGAAAGUACCUCAUCAAACAAGUUGGCUCUACGGUUGAGCUGAAGAUCACUAAUGUUAAACCUGAAGACGCUGGAGAUUAUGUUUGUGAUUGUGGAGAUAACAUCUGCACUGCUAACAUCAGAGUCAAUGCAUUACCAGUGGUCUUCAAACGUGAGCUACAGAACCAAGAGAUUCAGGAAGGGGACAGUGUUACUUUGCGGUGUGAACUCUCAAAACCAGGCAUUCCUGUGGUUUGGAGGAAACGAACACAGGUGAUCAGUUCUGGAGGAAAGUACAUAAUCAAGCAAAUAAGCUCUACUGUUGAGCUGAAGAUCACUGAUGUCAAACCUGAAGAUGCUGGGGAUUAUGUUUGUGAUUGCGGAGACAGCAUGACAACUGCCAAUGUAAAAGUUAACGCUCUUCCAGCCACCUUCACACAAGGGCUGAAAAACCAGACAGCUAUUGAAGGAGAAAGUAUCAUCUUCCAUUGUGAGCUCUCCAAACCUGGAGUUCCUGUAGUUUGGAGGAAAGGGACACAAGUGAUUAAUUCUGGAGGAAAGUACCUCAUCAAACCAGUUGGCUCUACGGUUGAGCUGAAGAUCACUGAUGUCAAACCUGAAGACGCUGGAGAUUAUGUUUGUGAUUGUGGAGACAACAUCACCACUGCUAACAUCAGAGUCAAUGCAUUACCAGUGGUCUUCAAACGUGAGCUACAGAACCAAGAAAUUCAGGAAGGGGACAGUGUUACUUUGCGUUGUGAACUCUCAAAACCUGGAGUUCCUAUGGUUUGGAAAAAAGGAACACGGAUGAUCCCUUCUGAAGGAAAGUACCUCAUCAAGCAAGUUGAGGCUACAGUUGAGCUGAAGAUCACUGAUGUCAAACCUGAGGAUGCUGGAGAUUAUGUUUGUGAUUGCGGAGACAGCAUGACAACUGCCAAUGUCAAGGUUAACGCUCUUCCAGCCACCUUCACACAAGAGCUGAAAAACCAGACAGCUAUUGAAGGAGAAAGUAUCAUCUUCCAUUGUGAGCUCUCCAAACCUGGAGUUCCUGUAGUUUGGAGGAAAGGGACACAAGUGAUCCAUUCUGGAGGAAAGUACCUCAUCAAACAAGUUGGCUGUACUGUCGAGAUAAAGAUCACUGAUGUUAAACCUGAAGAUGCUGGAGACUAUACUUGUGAUUGCGGAGAAAGCAUUACCACAGCCAAUGUCAAGGUUAAUGCACUUCCAGCCAUCUUCACACAAGCACUGAAGAACCAGACAGCUGUUGAGGGACAGACCAUCAGCUUCCAGUGUGAACUCUCCAAAGCAGACAUUCUAGUUGAGUGGCGCAGGGGUGAAAUUGGCCUAUACCCCUGUGCUAAAUAUGAAUUCAAGAAAGAUGGCCACCGUGCCCAACUGAUCAUACAUGACCUUGAACCUGAGGACUCAGGUGACUAUAUCUGUGACACUGGAGAACGCCAAAGCAUUGCAUAUCUGGAAGUUAAGGCACUGCCAGUUCUUUUCAAAUCAUCUCUGAAAGAUCUAGAAAGUGAAGCUGGGGAAAAUGCAGUUUUUCGAUGUGAACUUGACAAAGCUGGAGCCAAAGUCAUCUGGAGGAAAGACAAGAGUGUAAUAGAAGCAAGCAAAAAAUAUCAGCUGAAGCAAGAUGGGGCUGUUGCUGAGCUUAUCAUUUACAAGCUGCAAGGAGGAGACGCUGGAGACUACUGCUGUGAAACAGAACAUGAUCGGACAUCUGCCAAACUUGCUGUAAAGGAACCUGAUAUCAUAAUCUUAACUGGCUUGAAGAGCUGCAUUGUCAAUGAAGGCGAGGACGUUCAUUUCGAAUGCCUUGUCUCUCAUGAUAAUGCACUCAUUGUUCAGUGGAUGCUGCAAGAUGUUCCACUACAGAACAAUGAGAGGAAUGAAAUCCGAAUGGAAGGCAAAAGGCACACACUUACACUAAGAAGUGUCACACAGAAAGACUCAGGCACGGUGUCCUUCCAUGUUGGUGCACACACUUCUUUUGCUUGUCUUACAGUUAAAGCAAUCCCUGUGCUAUCGUUUGUGAAGGAGUUAACAAGCCAGGAAGUCACAGAGGGAGGCAGUGCUUCAUUAUGUUGUGAAACUUCAAUCCCUGAUGCCAGUGUGACCUGGAAGAAGGGCACUCAGGUCCUAUCUGAUGGAAAGAAGUAUUCCAUAAAGAAGAUGGGCACAUUCCAAACUUUAGAAAUCUAUAAGCUAUCAGUGGACGAUGGUGGCGAGUACAUAUGUGAAGUGGGAGACAAACGAAGCAAAGCUACAUUGACCGUCAAAGAAUGUGUAAAAAUCACAAGAGAAUUAAAGGAUGUGACUGUGAUAACGGGCGAGGAUGCUAUCUUCCAGUGUGAGGUAUCACAUACAGGGGUAACGAAUGUUGAGUGGUGGCUCGGCUCCAACCACCUUCAAAACAAUGACUUAAAUCAAAUCAGCUGCAGAGGGAGGGAACACAGCCUAGUGCUGAAAAUGGUCACACCCGAUGAUUCAGGUGAUGUAGCCUUUGUGGUUGGCCCUCAGAAGAGCAUCGCCUACUUGUUGGUGCAGGAGAAACCCAAAGUCAUAUUCUUAGAGAAGCCUCUGGACUUAACUGCCAAAGAGGGUCAAACAGUCACACUGUCCUGCAUGACUUCUGACCCUGAGGCCUCUGUCACCUGGUACAAAGAUGAAGCGAUGAUAAAGGCAGGUGGACGCUAUCUGCUCUACAAGGAUAGAGCUGUCCAUCAGCUCCGCAUCCUUAGGGUGGAGGAAGGAGAUGCAGGGCUGUAUACAUGCAAAACCAAAGAUGCAGAAAGCUGCGCCAACCUUACUGUAAAAGGUCAACCUGCAUACUUCCGGAAGGAGUUAGAAAACCAGAAUGCAAUAGAGGGAGAUAGUAUCACCUUGCUUUGUGAACUCUCUAAGCCGGUUAAAAGUAUAGAGUGGAGAAAGGGUGGAGUGGUGCUCCAACCCAGUAAGAAAUUUGAGAUGAAACAGGAAGGUUGUGUGCUGGAGCUCCAUGUCCAUAAUCUGGAACCAGAGGACAAUGGCUACUACACUUGUGAUGCUGGAGACCAGUUAACCACAGCAUCACUCACUGUGCAAGAGGCUGAGGUUCUCAUAGUAUCGGGUAUAAAGAAUAUAGAUGUGUAUGUGGGCGAACAGGCAAUUUUCUCCUGCCAGCUCUCUCGCCGUGCCAAAGGCAGAGUUCAGUGGUGGCUAAAUGGCACUCGUUUGGACAACAGUACCUUCAGUGAAAUAAGUGUGGGUGAAGACCAUGUCUACACUCUCACUCUAAGGAACCUUUCUCCCAAUUUUUCGGGUACAGUCCUGUUAAAAACAGGUGGUCUGACAUCAUCCGCCAAGCUGUUAGUGAAAGAUCCUAAUGUGGAGGUGGUCAGUGCCAUGGAGGACCAACUUGUAGCAGAAAACCAGCCUGCAGAGUUUAUCUGUCAGUACUCCCGGUCAGUCAAAGCUGUAUGGAAGCGAAACAGCAUACCUGUGCAAGCAGACGGUCGCAGGGUGAUAGUGGAACAGGACUGGACUGUUGCGCGGUUGUACAUUAGCUGUGUGGAGCCCCAGGAUGGGGGGAUGUAUUCCUGUGAGGCAGAAGGAACCUCCGUUGUGGCACAUCUCAGGGUGCAAGCUAAACCAAUUGAUAUUCUCCAAGAGCUGAGUAACGUGGAGACCAUUAAUGGCGGGGAAGCACUUUUUGAAUGCUCCUUGUCUCGUCCUGAAACCAAAGACUGCCGGUGGUUAAUUGAUGGCAAGUCUGUAAAGGAGUCUGCAAAAGUGGAGAUUGUUUCCUUUGAGAGUGGUAGACGCCAUCUUCUGCUUUUAAAGGACUUGCAUCCCUGUGAAAACACAAGGGUUACAUUCCAAGCUGGCGCUUCAUCAACUUCUGCUCUUCUGUCUGUCAAAGCUUGGCAACUGGAGGUGGUCAAGCCUUUGGAAGAUAAGACCGCCAUUGCAGGAGAGCAAGUUGAGUUCACUUGUGUAUUGAAUGAAGCUGUGCCUGAGAGUGAAGUGACUUGGUAUGCAAAUGGUGUUGGGCUUCAAUGUAAUGACCAAUGGGCCAUGAAAGCCAGUGGCUCUUCCUACAGUCUAAUUUUGAAGAAAGCCCAGGCUCAGCCCACACAAGAAAUCACAUUUGCAGCUCGGGAUGCCUUAUCGAUGGCCAAACUCAUCACAAUAUCUGUGCCUGAUCCCCCUGAAGACCCAGAGUUGGUUAGUAAAGGCCCAACGUUCGUCACCUUGUCUUGGUUCACACCCCUCAGUGAUGGAGGAAGCCCAAUCAUUGGAUACCGUGUGGAAAUGCGUCUAGUCGACAGUAUCCUCUGGCUGCCCUGCCACACAGAACCAGUGUGCAACACUGAAUUUCUGGUUGAAAACCUCAUACCGGGGGCAGGUUACAGGUUCAGAGUGGCAGCCAUUAACCGUGCUGGUAUUGGAGAGCCUGUCCAGCUGCCUCAAACCGUGACACUUGAUGCACCAGUGACCAUGACCAAAAUGUUAAGCAGCUCUAAGAUCCAAAAAGGAAAGAUGGUUCGUUUAGAGUGUGAACUUUCUACAGAGACCAAAUCAGUCACAUGGUUCAAGGACAACAGAGAGAUAGAGUUUGGAGUCAAGUACCAAAUGGUAGCAGAAGGAAAGAGCCAAGUUUUGCUCAUAAAGGAUUUCCAGUCUACAGACCAGGGUGUCUAUUCUUGUGUAGCAUCAGAAGAGGCAAAGACUUCAAUCAACCUUAACCUCGAAGGAGAUGACACAACACUUUCUCAGGAUGAGGGCAGCCAGCCCAAACUGCCCCCUGAGGCUGCUUCCGAGGGAGAUUUACAUGCUCUAUGGGAUGCAGUGGCCAAGAAGAGGAGAAUGAGUCGAGAGCCCACAUUAGAUUCAAUUUCAGAGUUGCCAGAAGAAGAUGGAAAGGAAAAGGCCCAGAGCAAAGAAGGAAAAGUAAAAAAGGAAAAGGAAGUGAGACCUGUUAAGCCACCUCCCAAGAUCACAGCAGAGCCUAAUCUCUAUACAAGUUCUGAUGAGGAAUCUCUCAGUGGGACAACAAGCUUGAUGUCUUACCUUAAGAAAAGCAGCAAGUCCUCUGUGACUGAGACUACUGCCUCCACGAAACUGUAUGAGCACUUCCAGAUGACUGAGCAAUCUGUUACAAAGACAUCUGUAGAGCCCCUCAUGGAAGCUCCGAAAGGGGAUGAGUUGCAAGAUGCUGCUGUCAAGAUUCAGGCAGCCUUCAAAGGUUAUAAAGCCAGGAAGGACAUGCGACCAGUCUUCAAAGAAGCAUUCAAGGAUCAGACUAAGGAGCCCAAUGGGACAAUUCAUAUUGAGUGCAUUGUGGAGGGUAAGCCAGAUAAAGUUCGCUGGCUGAAAGAUGGUGAACCCUUAACAGAUGGCAAGCACCAUCACAUUGACAUAUAUAAUGAUGGCACCUGCUCUCUGGUAGUGACUGCUGCCACAACUAAAGACACUGGUGUAUAUACUUGUGAAGUUACCAAUAAGUUUGGUGUUUCCACCCAUAGUGGAAAAGUCACUGUAGGGACACUGCGGGAAUCUUCUGGGCGACGCCCUCUCACUCUUGGCUACAGUGCAGAUAGUGAAGCUGAGAGCUCCUCAGGGAGUGAGAUGGAUGAGACUUUACGGCAAGCGAGUAAACGAUUACGGCGACUUCUACGUACUCACCUCCCUCCAGAUGUGGAAGAGGAACCUUUUGUUAGUGCAGAUGAAGGAGAUUUACCGCCACCAGAUCUACAGACUUAUAGGGAAGAUGAUCAGUAUAUCUACAUCCGCUUUGAUAACCGUGCAGAAGCUCAAGUAGCUUCCCAGCGCUUCCAGGAAAUGUUUACUUAUCAAGGAGUGCCCAUCGAAACGGCCAUCAUAGCAGCAGCAGGUGCUAAAGUAGAGUUGCGUAUAACAAAGAUGAGUCUCUCCCAAGAUGGCUCCCAAACCCCAACUCAGGACCAACCAAUGCCUGCUUUCAUGACAGGAGCCCCUGCGGCCCCCAUCAUCCUGACGGAGCUCCGUAGCCAAGAUGUUCCUGAUGGGUUUCCAGUCAGUUUUGACUGUGUAAUUGUCGGCAACCCCCCUCCCACUGUGAGAUGGUUCAAGGAUGGAAAGAUGUUGGAGGAAAACGACCAUUACAUGAUCAACGAAGACCAGGAAGGCCAUCACCAGCUGAUCAUCACAGCUGUUCUGCCCACAGACAUGGGCGUGUACCGAUGCAUGGCUGAAAAUGACAGUGCCAUCGCCUCCAGCAAGGCUGAGCUGAGGGUGGACAUGUCUUGCAGUUCAGACUAUGACACAGCAGCUGAUGCCACAGAGACGUCUUCCUAUGUCAGUGCUAAAGGUUAUGUGUCUAGCUCGGAGCACAGGGACACAGAGGCUUUUGAGUCUGUGGCUGAGGACGAGCAGCUUCCUCAGAUUGUGGAUGAGUUACAUGAUUUAUUCCUCAGUCCUGGAGCACCCAUUGCCAAAAUGAAUGUCAGGGUCAAAGGAUUUCCAACACCAAGGGUUUACUGGUUCAAAGACGGCACCCCACUCCAAGGCUCCAGCAGAAUUGCAUUGUCGACCAAACGGGAUCAACACAGUCUUGAGAUUUUGGAUGUUAAGCGUGAGGACACCGGAGAAUACUCGGCAUAUUUUAGCAAUAUAGCUGGCUCUGCCUACUCUUCAGCAAGAUUGAAUGUACUGGCUCCUGGAGAGCGCCCAGCACCUGAACAGAGACGAAUGAGAGAUUCAAAGGUGCCACUUGUGCCGCCACGCUUCCUGGAGAGAUUCAGCAACAAGAAGGUGAAACAGGGAGCAAGUAUAACGCUGUCAGUCAAAGUGGAAGGCUCCCCAACCCCAUCUGUAAACUGGUUAAAGGAAGUGUCAGAUAAGGAUGUUCUUUGGAUCAAAGCAGACACACAAGGUUACAAGGUGGCCAGCUCUGGCCGUCAACAUAGUCUCAUCCUCAUGGAAGUGGGAAAAAAACAUGGCGGCAUGUACACUUGCAUCGCCACCAACCGUGCUGGACAGUCAGUCAACACAGCCCGACUGGAUGUGGAGACAGCACCAGAGCAAAAGAAAGUGGGUCCAGAGGUUCUGGGAAUUACUAUCAGCCCACCAGAGGAACAGGGAAAAGGAGAGAUCAAACUACCUUCCCUGGGUGAAGUGGGUACUGAUGAAUUCUUACAAAAACUCACAACCCAAAUCACAGAAAUGGUAUCUGCCAGGAUUACUCAAGCUUCAUUACGUGUCCCAGGAGCUGACGAUGACGAUGAUGAAAUGAAAACCCCAUCCCCAUCUCCACAUCAUUGCCGAUCACGCCCUCCAUCUCUGAUCGCAGACUCAUCAUCUGAGUCUGAUGAAGGAGAUGCCAGGGGAGAGAUGUUUGAUAUCUACGUGGUGACCGCUGACUACAACCCCAUGGGGGUCAGUCAAGAUGCCAUCGCUCUGAAGGAGGGCCAGUAUGUGGAGGUUCUGGACUCUGCCCAUCCACUUAAAUGGCUGGUCCGCACCAAGCCCACAAAAUCCAACCCAUCUCGCCAGGGAUGGGUCUCGCCUGCAUAUCUCGACAAAAGACUGAAGCUGUCUGCAGACGUAGCAGACCUCCCAGAGACCUCCAGAGAAGAAGUCUCAGAGACGGAGUACAAGAAGAAACGCUGUCAACUUGUCCAAGAGCUGAUCAACACAGAAACUGAGUUUCUGAAGCAGAUGGAGUUCUUCACUUCACACUAUCUGAAGCAUGUGGAGGAGCAGAGCACACCACCUGAAAUCACCAGCCAGAAGGAAACCAUCUUCCGCAAUAUCAAUGAUUUGAAAUCCUUCCACAGCAGCUCUUUGCUACCUGGCCUGCAUGAUUGUGACACAGAUGAUGACAUUGCCAUGCAUUUCCUGAGAAACUCUGAAGGGUUUGAGAAAUAUCUGCAGUACUUCAUUGGACAACUGCAAGCUGAGUCAGCCAUCAGUGAGAAAGAAGUGCACCAGUAUUUCAAGGAUUAUACAGCCUCAGAGUUGGCAAAUGUUGACCCCUCAGAAGGUCCAGUGCUAAGCAUCAAUGCUUACCUUCAGAGACCACCAGAGAGAAUUCAGAAUUACAGGGCUUUACUGAAGGAAUUGAUCCGGAAUAAAGCGAGGAACGGUCAGAACUGCUGUUUGUUGGAGCAAGCCUAUGCCAUGGUGUCGUCCCUCUCCCAGCGCUCAGAAAACACACACCAUGUAUCUCUCAUAGAGAGCUACCCCGCCAAUCUGGAGGCGCUGGGAGAACCUAUAAGACAGGGGCCUUUUAUUGUUUGGGAAGGAGCUCCUGGAAUUCGAACAUCUUCCAGAGGUCACCACCGCCACGUCUUCCUCUUCAAAAACCAUGUGGUCAUCUGCAAACAGAAGAGAGACACUAAUACAGACACUCAGGCAUAUGUGUUCAAGAAUAUGAUGAAGCUCACAAACAUUGAUGUGAACGAGACCGUUGAGGGUGACGAGAGAGUGUUUGAGAUCUGGCAUGAGCGCGAUGACUCUGUGAGAAAAUACACAUUGCAGGCGCGGACUUUUAUCAUCAAGAACUCCUGGCUCCGUGACCUCCGUGACCUUCAGCAGCGCUACAGCAUGCCAGCCUGGAGCUCUCCAGAUUUUGACGCAGUUUUGACAGACUACACAGCGGAGCUUGGACAGACAGUAAAGCUUGCCUGCAAGGUCACUGGUGCCCCCAAACCACAGGUCACCUGGUACAAAGACGGACAUGCCGUGGAAGCAGAUCCUCAUCACAUCAUCAUUGAGGACCCAGACGGCUCUUGCACACUCAUUUUGGACAACAUGACGGCAGAUGACUCAGGACAAUACAUGUGCUUUGCCACCAGCUCUGCGGGCAACGCCAGCACACUAGGCAAAAUCACUGUGCAGGUACCUCCACGUUUUGUGAAUAAGAUCCGGAACGCCACACUUUAUCCAGGAGAAGAUGCUCAGUUCACCUGCACCAUCCAGAGCGCACCAAGUCCCAAGAUAAGAUGGUUUAAGGAUGGUAAACUGCUGACAGACCAGGAGAAGUUUCAGACAUACAGUGAACCGCGCAGUGGGGUGUUGGUUCUAGUUAUCAAGAACCCUGGAGAACGAGAUCUUGGACACUAUGAGUGUGAGCUGUCGAACCGUUUGGGCAGUGCCAGGUGUGCCACGCAGCUGAUCACUCCUGCUGUGGCAAUGGCGCGAGAACGUAGAGCAGAUCAGGCCAUCAGUAUAGAAGUAACAGAACAAGAGACAAAAAUACCGAAGAAAACCAUAAUUAUUGAGGAGACUAUCACCACAGUGGUGAAGAACACCCGUAUGAAACGACACGUAUCCCCUCGUCCGUCGCCCAGGGGAGCUCACUGCUCCGAGACGUCCACACCCGAACCGCCCAGACAGAGACGAACCCUGGCCAGGAAGACUGUACCGACGCUGUACGUUCCAGAGCCGGAGGGUGCCACGGCCAGGAACCCAAGAUGGGUUGAAGUUGAGGAGACAAUCGAGUAUAAAGUGAACAAAUCACCCAAGUUACCAAGAAGAAGAGGCGUUUCCCCCAGCAAGUUCUCACCACCUGGCAAUCUAAACACUAAUAAUUCCAACAACAAGUUAGUAGAAGAGGCAAUGGGAGCCACAAUGGCUCUGCAAGCUUCUUCUGAUACACAUGAAGAGGAAACUGCACAGAAUGUGUUUGAAGUACCUUCAGGGAUCGACAAUAUGACAACAUUAGAAAUGAGUGACCCGUGUGUCUCUGAUGAAGAAACUAUUAUCAUGGAGCCUGAAGACGACGAACUUGAUGCUCGAGAUUGCAAAAUGCUGACUGAUGGGAAUCGAGUUCUUACUCUUGAAGAUCUUGAGGACUACGUCCCUCAGGCAGGUGAAACGUUCGGCAGCAGUACAGACCAUCACAUCUCCGUCGAGAAGCCAAGUGAGAUCUCGGUGUUGCAGAGAGAAAUUAACGAGUCUGUCAUUGGCAAACCCAUUGUGCUGAAUGUGGUACGUCCGGUGCCACCGGCAAAACCUCGCAUGGGAUUAUUUGGCUCCUUCAAGGAACACAUUUCCAGCAUGUUUAGUCCAGGUUCAUCGGCGGGUGGCAGCUCGCAGGCAAGGCGAGAGAAGACCAUACCUAUUCAUGUGACGGGAUCCAACUAUUCACGCCAUACCAGUAGCUUUGCGAGGCUUGAAGUCCUGCCGACGUACUGCUCCAUGGUCCAGAGAGAAAAGGAGGGAGGUCUGCAGAGCUUCAAAACGCAGGUUUCCACACAAACCCGCAACUACACGCCCACCGGACAGGUCACUCUUCAGAUCAGCAAGAAGAAGCCAUUUGAAAAGCAGUAAUCGAGAUGAAACCACUCAGGAUAGAUUCCCCGAUGCUUGUUUCCAGCAUGCAAAAUCAGAACAUACAACUAGGCCUAGUCUUAAAUGGGAACACUUCUGUAAAAUCUUGCAAUCUGGGAGUGUAAUUCAAUCGUAAAGCUUCUGCUAACAGCAGAUCAUUCCAUGUUGAGGCAAAUGAUUCACAAACUCCUUUAUAUCCCACAGUACCUAAUGAAGACUUUCUAUUUACUUGAGUUCAUGUGAGCUAAUGUGUAGCUGUGCUUGGAAUGCCAAGUCUGACACAACAUGAAUCCUGGUCCUGAAGAACCAUCGUCCUUCAGAGUUUAUCUUCAACCAGCUCCAACAAAGCUGUCUUGAAGUUCCUAGUAAGUCUGAAGACCUUAAUUAGCUGGUUCUGAUGUGUUUAAUUAGUGUUGUAUGUAAACUCUGUAGGACAGUGGCCCUUCGGGAACAGGUUUGGACACCUUUGGUCUAAUUAUUUCCUUUGUCUUAAGCAGAGGUUCUCCUCUCUGGCCCUCGAGGUCCACUUUUAGCUCCAACCUUGAUCACCAUUUUCUUUUUUAGUAAUCCUGAAGACCUUGAUUAGCUCGUUCAGGUGUGUUUGAUUAGGACUGGAUCUUCUGAGAAUCUCUGUACUAAGAUAAUACUUUAAGAAAUAAGAGGGUGUUUGUGUGUAUGUCAAGAAAUCCAAAUUAUGACUCAAAAAAUAUGAUUUUAUCUGAAUGUAAUUUAUAUGCUUUGUGGAAUUAAUGUACCUCAGCAAUACAUAUAUAUUUAACUGUUUUUCAAGUUGAUUGCAUGUGCUGUUCUUUGGUGUAAUGCACUGUGGGUUGUUGAAUUUGAGGUCUAAGUUGGGGUAUCAGAAAUCUUGAAUAUGUCAUCCUGCACUGAAGACAAUUCAAUGUGGUCAGCAUUGGUGUUGCAAUGUGAAUGUAUAGGGAUUUGUAGACUGACAAAGCAAUAGUUGUGGGAGAUUUUAAGACUUAAGAACCAUAACACAAAAUCUAUUUAAUGACUUUAGAAGAUUUAUUUUAAAAAGUAUUUCUUGUGCAACAUGACUUUAAGCACAUAGUAUUUACAGAUUUAAAAAGUUUUGCGAUUACUACUAAUAUGUGUGUUUGAACUUUAAAUACAAAUACAAAUUUUGUGUCAACCAAAAUUUGCAUGUGUAACAAAGUAUUGUUUUGGUGGAUCACAUGGUUUGAAAUGUUUUGGUAAAAGCAAAAUAAAUUAGGACUGCCAAGGGUUUUCAGCAGAUAAAAGAAAAAAAAAUUGAAUAAAUAUAAAAACAUCCUGAAGUUCUGCUUUACAAAAUAAGAGUA